AGGUCAAUUUUAACAGUUCCGUGGAUGGAGUUGGGAGGAAAGGUCAACAUACAUUGUCAACAAACUGGGUUUCAUGCAUCUGUUACAUUUCUCACCAAGCCAUUUUAUGGAGGUAAAGUACAUCGAGUGACAGCUGAGGUUAAGAAUAAUUCUGGUGUCGUUGUCUGCAAGGCUUCUGGCGAGUGGAACGGUCUUCUAGAAUUUACAUAUGCUACGGGUGAGAAGAAACAAAUAGAUACAACACGACUUUCACCAACGCCAAAGAGUGUGCGCCCUCUAGAAGUACAAGCACCGUAUGAAUCACGAAAGCUCUGGCAACAUGUUACUAACAGUUUGAAACUUGGAGAUUUGAAUACAGCAACAGAACACAAAAAACAG